AUGUUUUCAAAAAAAGGCUCGUCGCCAAGGAUGAGUGGAAAUCCUAUUGGAUCAGAGCCGAAUCUUCAUCCCGUUCGGUCCCAAGUUCAUGUUGAUGAUAUGGGGAUCCAACUGAUUCUUUCGAACCAGGACAUCACAGUUAAUAUCGAUCAUGUUAUCGACAAUGAUGAGGCUAUGAUCAUUGCUAUGGGGUACAAACCUGAAUUCAAGCGUGAGUUCUCGUUGUUGACGGUAUUUGCCGUAUCAUUUUCGGUUUUGGGGUUACUACCAUCUAUAGCGGCAUGUUUUGAGUACCAACAAGCGGCUAUUGGUAUUUCGCCUGUUCCUUGGUUGGUGGCGGUCAUAUUUGUCACGCUGGUGGCGUUAUCAUUAGCUGAGGUGGCUCUGGCAUUCCCGGUUUCACUGGGGACUCCUUAUGCUGUAUCAAUGCUUUCCCCUCCUAAAUAUCAAGCACUUUUGACCUGGUUAACUUGUUGGUCAAAUUGGCUAUGCCAGAUCACUGCUGCGCCCGCUUGCAAUUACUCCGGAGCUCUGAUGAUUUUGGCUCUCUAUCUGUACACCAACAGUGAUUAUCUGCCCAGUACAGGUGAAGUAUAUGCGUUGACCUUGGGUAUUUGUGUCGUGCAUCUGUUUAUUUCCUCAUUGCCCACUAAAUGGUUAGCUCAAUUCAAUGCCCUCGGGACCACUUGCAACAUUUUGUUCUUGGCGGUAGUUUUCAUCAUGAUUCUUGCUGGGAACAAACGAACUGAAAUGUACGACAACACCAUUCCCAAGUUCAACUCGAACUCAACUGCAUGGGCAUUGACCAACCUUACGGAUUUUCCUACCGGGAUCUCAUUCUUGAUUUCAUUUUUGGGUGUGAUCUGGUCUAUGUCAGGGUACGAUUCCCCCUUCCACCUUGCCGAAGAAUGCUCCAAUGCUGCAGUAGCCGCCCCAAGAGCUAUUGUCCUUACCUCGCUGGUCGGGGGUCUCAUUGGGUUUAUUUUCAUGAUUGCCAUAGCAUAUACUUGCGUUGAUAUUGAGGAAGUGAUGGCAGAUCCUGAAGGGUUAGGCCAACCAUUCGUCACUUACUUGUCGCAGUUUCUUAAGAGAGAAAUGGUGCUUGCAGCAGUAGCACUCACAAUUGUUUCGUCGUUCUUCAUGGGGUGUUCAUGCAUGUUAGCUGCUCUGAGAGUGACGUUUGCGUAUUCAAGAGACGGGAUGUUUCCGGGACUGAAAUGGUGGAAAAAGGUGAACCCCAUUACACAAACUCCCAUUAAUGCUGUGUGGAUUAAUUGGUUGCUCGGACAAUUAUUAUUGUUGAUCAUGUUUGGCGGAGACACUGCCAUCGGUGCCAUAUUUUCAGUUGGGGGUAUUGCGGGGUUCGUUUCCUUCACGAUGCCCACGUUACUUAAAAUCACAUAUGCUCGGCACACAUUCAAGCCCGGUCCAUGGAACUUGGGUCGCUGGUCGACUCCGAUUGGGAUAGUUUCUGUUGCAUUUGUGACCUUAAUGAUUCCAAUUCUCUGUUUCCCUACGGACACGGGUUCUGAUCUUACACCGUCAAGUAUGAAUUGGACUGUGGUAGUCUACUUCGGACCGAUGUUAUUAUCAUUGGUAUAUUACUUUGCUGCAGCCCGCAAAUGGUACGUGGGGCCAAAGUCAAACUUGGAUGAGAAUGACAUUGUCUACGGUAAUGAGGCCCCGCAAUCAGAAUUGUCGAGCUCUGAAAAUGACUUGAAAGGCAACAUUGUGAAGGUUGAUGAACAAUCUAUUUAA